AUGUAUAUUAGUAAAAAACCUUCUAAUCACUCUACACCAGCAGUCCCUGGCUUUCUUACAGCAGAACUAACAGAGUACAAUUCUAUAAUUAAUAAGAUGACUGCUCUUAAAAAAGCUAAUAUAAAGUCUGUAAAGGAGAAUAUAGUGAAGAGAAAGACUACCUUAGCAAAUAAUCCAGCAGGCAAACAACCUAAGCACAAUUCAGCUGCCACAAGUUCUGCUACUAGUGGUUCAGGCACUGGUGGUUCUAGUAGUGGUGCUAGUGGUGCUGGUGGUGCUGGUAGUAGUGUGGGUGGUUCUGCUAGUAGUAGCUCUGCUGCUGCUGGCCCAUCUUAA